CCAACCCGCGCCGCCGCCGCAGCCACCUCCCGCCGUCCAUGGCAUUGCAUGCGCCGGUGCUCGUUCUCAAGGAUUCUUUGAAGCGGGAAUCUGGCACCAAGGUGCACCAUGCCAACAUCCAGGCAGCCAAGGCUGUUGCGGACAUCAUACGCACUACGUUGGGACCUCGGUCGAUGUUGAAGAUGCUGCUUGAUGCUGCUGGAGGUAUUGUUGUUACUAAUGAUGGCAACUGUAUGUUGCGGGAGUUAGACCUUGCACACCCAGCUGCAAAGUCUAUGAUUGAGCUAAGCCGCACACAGGAUGAAGAAGUAGGAGAUGGCACGACGUCUGUUAUUGUUCUUGCUGGUGAAAUGCUCCAUGUUGCACAAACAUUCAUUGACAAGAACUACCAUCCCACUGUUAUUUGUAGAGCAUACACCAAAGCUCUUGAUGAUGCUAUAGCUGUUCUUGAUAAGAUUGCUAUUCCUGUCAACGUCGAUGACCGUGUUGCGAUGCUUGGUCUGGUGAAGAGUUCCAUUGGCACAAAGCUCACCGGUCAGUUUGGUGAUCUUAUUGCAGAUCUUGCUAUUGAUGCUACCACAACAGCUGGUGUUGACCUGGGUCAAGGCAUUCGUGAAGUUGAUAUCAAAAAGUACAUCAAAGUAGAAAAGGUUCCUGGAGGUCAGCUGGAAGAUUCCAAGGUUCUUAAAGGAGUCAUGAUCAACAAAGAUGUUGUAGCUCCUGGGAAAAUGAGAAGAAAGAUAAUUAACCCACGCAUCAUUCUUUUGGAUUGUCCUCUUGAAUACAAGAAAGGAGAAAAUCAGACCAAUGCUGAGUUGAUGAAAGAAGAAGAUUGGGAGGUGAUGCUAAAGAUGGAAGAGGAAUAUAUAGAGAACCUCUGUGCACAGAUUUUAAAAUUUAAGCCUGAUUUGGUUAUAACAGAGAAAGGAUUGAGUGACCUUGCUGUCCAUUAUUUAGGCAAGGCUGGUGUAAGUGCAAUUCGAAGGCUCAGGAAGACUGACAAUAACAGGAUUGCAAAGGCUUGUGGAGCAGUCAUAGUGAAUAGGCCAGAGGAACUUCAAGAAUCUGAUGUUGGAACAGGAGCUGGCCUCUUUGAGGUCAAGAAGAUUGGUGAUGAGUUCUUUGCCUUCAUUGUUGAUUGCAAAGAUCCCAAGGCAUGUACUGUUUUGUUGAGGGGAGCAAGCAAGGACCUCUUAAAUGAGGUUGAGAGGAACUUGCAGGAUGCAAUGUCUGUGGCGAGGAACAUUCUGAAAAACCCUAAGCUGCUACCUGGAGGUGGUGCGACUGAAUUAACUGUAUCUGCUACACUGAAACAAAAGAGUUCUUCAGUUGAAGGUAUCGAGAAGUGGCCCUACGAAGCUGCCGCAUUAGCAUUUGAGGCAAUUCCAAGAACUCUUUUACAGAAUUGUGGUCUGAAUGUUAUUAGGACGAUGACACAACUUCAGGGAAAGCACGCAAAUGGUGAAAAUGCUUGGGUUGGCAUUGAUGGAAGCAGUGGUGAUAUUGUGGAUAUGAAAGAGCGCAAGAUCUGGGACUCAUACAGUGUCAAGGCGCAGACGUUCAAGACAGCUAUUGAGGCUGCUUGUAUGCUCCUGAGGAUUGAUGAUAUUGUCAGUGGUAUCAAGAAGCAGCAAGCUCCUGGAGCCAGUUCAGCUCCAAAGCAACCUCAAAUAGAACAAGAGGGUGGCGCAGACAACGAACAGAUGAUCCCAGAGUAGAAUGGCACAUGAAGGCAUCAGCCGCACUUACCUAACAUAUAAAUCAACCUGUCAAAAUUCUUGAAAUUUUUGUGGUAGCCUUUAGAAUCAUUUGCCAGCGCAACGUUGUAUUUCUGUCAGUUUGUAUGGCCGGCAGUCAUGUUUGUGCUGCUUACAUAAUUGAGUACUGAAUGAGCUUUCUUCUAAUUGAUAUUUUGUGUAUUCUAACGCGGCA